AUGCGUGCUGCUGUCGUCGCACCCCUCCUGGCCUUGGCGGUGAACGCCCGCCCCCAGGACCCUCCUACGUCUGUUGGUGAGGCUAAUCCCCUUUCCACCGAGACCUGUUGUGAGACGACCGUCUUCACCGAAGCAACAAUCACCGUAACGAACACACAAACGUCCACCUAUGUGGGCGGCGGCGAGGCUUUCUUCACCGUCACUAGUGUCAUUGUUGGCUCCUCAACAUCAGUUAUUGCCGGGGCACCUUGGCAAACUCCUUACGACCCGUGGCAAGACGAUCCGUGGCACACCCCUUACGACCCGUGGCCGACCCCUUACGAGCCGUAUGAGCCAUACGACCCGUACGAGCCAUACUGGGACGAUAGUGUCUACUACACCACUGUCUACACGACCGAGUACGACGAGAUUUGCGAAACAGGCCUUCGUCCGCAUCACUACACAGUCACUGACUACUACACCGGUCCGACGUAUGGCCCUCAUCAUCCGGACUAUAUCCCUCCGGGAUUCACCCGCACCACCGCCGUCUGUGAUGUCUGCGAUGAUGGCUACCCCACUAAGACUUUGACCGUCCCUUGCCACGACCGUACUCCGCGCCCUGGCUAUGGUCACGAUGAUUCUUACGGUGGUUACGACAAGCCUUAUGGCGAUGACUAUGAUUCUUCUUACGGUGACUACGACGAUUCUUACGGCGGCGACUCUUACGGCGGCGACUCUUACGGCGAUCCUUACGGCGAUUACAACGAUGAGUCUUCUUACGGCAACAAGCCGUCGUACAAGCAAUACCCUGGAGGCUACGACGACUCAAGCUACGGGCCGAGCUACUACGAGGACUCCUAUUCGUCCGACUCUGAGUGUGGUUCUGGUUGCGACAAAGACAAGCCGUACUACGACCCGGAUGACUCUUGCUACUCGGAAUCUGAGUGCGAAUCUGGAUGUGACAAGCACAAGCCAUACUACCAGGAUGACUCGUACUACUCGGAAUCUGAGUGUGAAUCCGGAUGUGACAAGCACAAGCCGUACUACACCCCGGAUGACUCGUACUAUCCCGUCACAACCCCCUACAACGACUACUCCGACCCGUAUGCCACGCCCGCUUAUCAGAACACCCCGUACAACAACGGCCCGGACUACGACGGCCCAGACUACAACGGUCCAGACUACUACAGUACGCCGACCUACACUCCCGAGUACUACAACGGUCCGGACUACAAUGCCUACAGUACGCCGACACCAGACUACUACGACGGUCCAGACUACUACAGUACGCCGACUCACGAUUACUAUAACGAACCAGACUACUACAGUACGCCGACUCAAGACUACUACAACGGACCAGAGUACUACACGCCGACCUACACUCCCGGCUACAACGGACCAGAUUACUAUGACGGACCAGACUACCGCACAGAUGACGAUUACUCGGACUCUGAAUGCGAUUCUUGUGACAAGGGCCAUAAGGACAAGCCGUACUACUCUGAGCCGGAGUGUGAAUCUGGUUGCGACAAGAACAAGUACCACUCAGACUCUGAGUGUGACUCGUGUGACAAGAAGUAUCACUCGGACUCUGAGUGUGACUCUUGUGACAAGAACAAGUAUCACUCGGACUAUGAAUCGGAAUGCGACUCGGGUUGCGACAAGGACUCAGGCUAUGAGACGGAGUGUGAAUCUGGCUGUGACAAGAAGCCGUACUACUCGGACUCGGAGACGGAGUGUGAAUCCUGUGACAAUGGCUACGGGGACAAGCCUUACCAUACUCCUGGCGACUACUACACACCGACUUACACGCCCGGGUACUACGGCCCAACGCCAAGCUACUACGACGGACCGGAUUACAGCAACGACUACGACGGACCGGAAUACAGCAAAGACUACAACGAUUACACCACCUCCGGCUACUGGUCCUCGCCGUAUUACACCCCAAGCUACUACCCGACGCCGAGCUAUGCCCCGAGCUACUACGAGACUCCGCCGCACUACAACGAGGAGCCGUACCAGACUAGCUACCCCGACAAGCCAUACUACUCAGAUUCUGACUCGGAGUGUGAAUCCGACUGCAAACACAAGGGCAAGCACCACGACUACUCAGACGACGAUGAUUACACGUCCGGCUACUGGUCCUCGCCGUACUACACUCCAAGCUACUACCCGACGCCGAGCUACUACCAGACCCCGCCGAACUACAAUGACGAGCCGUACCAGACCAGCUACCCUGACAAGCCGUACUACUCGGACUCUGACGACUCGGAAUGCGAGUCUGAUUGCGAACACAAGGGCGACUAUGACGGCGACUACGAGGGCGACUACUACACGACGACAACAACUACCGAGUGCGAUGAUAAUUAUCAGACGAAGCCACCUUACGCGUACAGCACUCCUUAUAGUCCUCCCAACUACUACAGCCCGCCGAACUACAACAGUGAGCCUGACUACUACACUACGGCGCCCAACUACAACUACGAGCCCGACUACAACACCAAAUCGUACUACAACAGCGAGCCCGACUAUUACACGACGCCGGAAAACCACUACAACGAGCCCGAUUACCACACGCCACCGCACAACUACUACAACGAGCCCGACUACCACACGCCAGGGCCCAGCUACUACGACGAGCCCGAAUACCACACGCCAGGGCCCAGCUACUACGACGAGCCCGACUACCACAGCACACAGUACUACAACAGCGAGCCAGAGUACUAUUCUACGCCGGUCACACCAGGAUACUACCCCACGACGCCAAGCUACUACGACGGGCCGUACUACAGCAACCCCGACUACCAUACAGACUCAGACUACUACACCACGGAAGAUCCUUACUACUCGGAGCCGACGGGCUACUACGACGAGCCCAAAUACGGCGAUCACGCCACGUACACCAUCACCGUCCACGAGUUCUGCUCCACCGGCCUCCACCCCGCCACGUACACGGUUACCGAGGGCUGCAAGCACAAGUGCACGUCUCACGGAGAUGACUACAUCCCCAAGGGCUGGACCACCACCUACUCCGAGUGCAACGAGGGCUGCGGCCCGACGCCCAUCCAUGCUACGCUCACUGUCACCUGCCACAAGUGCCACGACGACGAUGACUACGAGCCCACUUACGCGCCUACGUAUGAGUCCAGCUACUACGAGCCCCCGUAUACGCCCACCUACGAGCCUACGUACACGCCUCCGUACACGCCAACCUACGAGCCUACGUACACGCCUCCGUACACGCCAACCUACGAGUCCAGCUACUACGACGAGCCCACCACUUACCAGUCCAGCUACUACGACGAGCCGUCUACGUACGAAUCCUACUACGAGCCGUCCACGUCCUACUACGACGAGCCGUCCACCUACGAAUCCAGCUACUACGACGAGACGUCAACGUACGAGGAGCCCCCCUACCACCCCACCACUCGCGAGCCCGACUACACCACCUACGACCCGUACGAGCCCACCACCGCCGUCGAAACUCUGCCAACCUCCUACUUCGGCGGCGGCGGUCCCGGUGGCGACGACGACGACAGCGAGACUCGGACCGGUGGUGGCGCCCCCGGCGGUGGCAGCGGCGAGGGAGCUCAGACCGGCGGUGCUGGUGGUGGUGCUGGUGGCGCCGGACAGGGAACUCAAGGCAUCGCCAGCGGCGAGCCCUUCCCGACCGGGACGGGUGGUGGAAGUGGCAGCGGUCCAGGCGGCAGCGAGCAGACCCGGGUCGGCGCCGGCUCGACGAAUCCUGGUGGCACGCCUACGAACGAGGGCGCGCCUACUGGCUUCAGGCCUACCGGUCCUCCCGGCGGUCCUCCUGGUGGUGGCUCUGGUUCAGGCUCUGGUGGCCCUGGGUCGGGCUCUGGCUCUGGCUCUUCUGGCGACGGCUCAGGCGACCCAGACGGCGGCUCCACCGACGGCGCGAGCAACAGCGACGACAUCUUCGGCAGCGCGGCGUCGAGGCUUUCGGUCUCGGUGGCGGCGGCGGUCGUGUUCGGCGGCGUGUUCAUGUCGCUGUGCUUCUUGCAACUAUAA